GUACGGUUCUCUCGUAGAACGGUCAGUGGCGUUCCGCCGCAAGUGUCCGGCAGCGGCGUAGCAUGAUUCGUAGCAGUAUCAUAGCAGUAACUACAUAAUAAUAUACUUCUUAUAGCACCCGCAGCGCCAACCCGAACAAUAUCGUCUCCGUCACAGUAUACCGUGGUUAUCGUAACGUAUAAUAAUAGACUAUAUUAGUAUACAUAUUAUAUAUAUGGAAUAACCGUCACGAUACACAACUAUGGAAGCGUCGUCGUCGUCAGCGAAGCGGUCCGCGGCUAUCGUGACUUCCGCGUUGCACUGUUGGUCGUACACAGAAGCAGAGCGCCAGCAUCUAUUCAGGGUGUCCCGGCUAUUCAUCACGUCUUAUUAUGUGUACGUGUCGUACUACGGGCUGUUUGUAUUGGACCUAAACGGCGUUGAUCAUCCCACGUGGGGCGAUUUAGGUUCCAACUGGUGGUGGAAAUGCGUCUCCGUGUGGAAUCUGGUGUUGCAAGUUGCUUACUUUAUUUAUUGCACGGUUUUCAUAGAUUAUGCUGAUUCUGGUCCUGGAAAAUUGUGGAUAAAACCACGGUUGCAACAAAACAAGAAAAUAAGAGAUUUCAUAUUUGUUAGCCUUGUAUUUCCAGUAACAAUUGAUGUAUGUGUUAUGUUUUGGGCUAUUUGUGCAGUAAACAAGCCGCUGCUGUUUCCAAAUGAAAUGAAUAAUUGGAUACCGGAUUGGUACAACCACGCCGUGCACACCAAUCCGAUUGUGUUAACGCUAUUCGAUAUGGUCACCACCAAGCAUCGUCUACCUAAACUGAUCGAAUCCACGGCCGGUUUGUUUAUGCUGUCUGGCUCAUACGUUACAUGUUUACUUUAUAAUAAAUUUACAACUGGGAGAUGGGUAUAUCUUAUCAUUGGAGAAGUUACAGCAAGUUUGACGGAAGUGAUCAUUUAUUUUGCAGUAACGGCUUUUAUCAUGCCAUUUAUGUGUUUGCUAAUUGGUCACAAAAUGUGUUCAUGGUUUUCAAGCUCAAAAAUGGAAAAAAAACAUUAAAUGUCUUAAAAACAAAACUAUCAUAAAGCAUUUAUGUAAUAAAUAAUAGUCAAACCUUUACAUAGGUAGUAUUACUUUUGCAACGUUUACCAAAAUGAAUAUUCUUGGUUUUAUUUAUUAAAAUUAAAUACCUAUUAACAUUUUUUAUAUUAUAAAUGUUAUAAAUUAUAACAUUUUUUUUUUGUUAUUCGAGUAUUAUUUUUAAACUUUAUUUUCCAAGUUAUAUUUUUUUAAUUUAACAAACAGAACACGACAUCACACAGUUUAUUUUGGCGAUGAAAAUAUGUUUUAUAUUUUACAAAUGGAGACAAGCAGUACUUAAAAUGUUUUAUGUACAUCUAAAGCUAUAGCAGCCUAACAUGUUUGAAGAACCUAAAUCAAGUAUGAAUGGAUCGUUGAAGAGGUUAUUUUCUCAACAGCACUUUCUCUAAGUCCAAAGAAAAACUACAGACAAUCGUCAAAAGUAUUUGAAACAUUUCAAGCAAAUGCGGUUGUAGACAUGUCAGCAAUUAUUGAACUAGUGCGAGCGAGUUUUUUUUACCGACUUCCGCUCAGGGCUCACAAUCGUUUUUUGAAUGCAAUGAUUUAUCAUUGCUUUUGAAUCGUAUAUCACAAUACACGCCAACAUCCUGCAGUGCCAAGACCAAGAUGUCGACCGGUCCGGCAUUCAAGUUUAAUAUUUUAAUACAAGAAACAUAAACACUCAAAUAGAACUAUUAUAGAUUAGGUUAAUACUAAUACAUUAUAGUUAUUAUAUACAGAUAUAUGUCUCUGCGAAAAGUUUUUAUUGUAAAUUGAUAGAUCUUUGUAUGUA